AUGUCUUCAAACGAACAACAAAAGAAGAGCGAAAAAGGACCUUCGGUGGACUUGGACGCGUGCGGUUCGCGACUGAAAUCUUUAUAUACAAUAUGGAAUUCGAAUGAGAAUCAUCAGUUAUUCAACGACGCAGACGCACUCCUCAUAGGCUCCGGGGCGAACAAAGAGGAAGAACUUCGAUACUUAAAAGCAGUCAGCCUUCAGAUUUGGCUGUUCUCGUACGAGUUACCGGACACGGUGAUUGCGUUCAUUAAUAAAGGAGGAGAAACAAAUGGAAAUGAAAUGCACGCGAUCGCGAGCGGGAAGAAAGCGAAGCUGUUAGAAAACGCGAGAGAAACGAUUGAACGAGCGAUUGGUGGGACGCUGCGAGUGCAUUCGAAACCGAAGCACGAAGACGGUUCGCAACAAGUGGACGCGUUGGUGACAAUUUUAAAAGAGAAGUGCACGAAAAUAGGCGCGUGCUCGAAAGAGCUCAACGAAGGGAACUUGAUGCAAACGACGGUGGAGAAACUUGGAGGAAAAGAGCAGUUCGCGGACGCGACGUCCGGGAUCGCGUGCGUUUUAUCGAAGAAAGACCAGAAGGAGAUGAAAUUCGUCGACGACGCCGUGAAGUUGUGCUCGGAGGCGAUGAAGUUUGCGGUGAGCGAAGUGGAGAACGCGAUUGAAGACGAGUUGAAGAUUUCGCACGUCAAGUUGAGCGAGAAAACCGAGGAUGCGAUUUUAGCGCCGGGGAAAACGUUAGGGUUGAAAGAUAUUAGUCACGAAGACGUGGAUAUUUGCUACCCGCCGAUUUUUCAAUCCGGCGGCGAGUACGAUUUGAAGUACAACGCGGUAUGUUCCGAGAAGAAGUUACACUUUGGAUCGACGCCGGCGGUUAUUCACGUUUCGUUAGGUGCGAGGCACACGCAGUAUUGCGCGAAUAUCGGGAGAACGUAUUUGAUCGAUCCGACGGAAACGCAAGAGGCGGUGUACGAGGCGUGUUUGAAGGCGCAAGACGCCGCCGUCGAGGCUCUAAAACCGGGGAAGUUGUGUAAAGACGUGUACGCGGCUGCGCAAAAAGCGUUGGAAGAGGCGGAAAAAGAGAACGAAAAGUUGAAGGAUAUGAAUUUGAGUUCAAAAUUGAACAAGAACGUCGGGUCUAUCUUAGGCUUGGAGUUUAAAGACGCCUUCUAUAUGCUCUCCGGAAAGUGCGAAAGCGCGAUCGAGGAGGGGAUGAUUUUUAACGUCGCGUUGGGCGUAAACGGUUUGGAAGAAACCUCCGCGGACGAGAAAAGCAAGUCUCGACACUACGCGAUUAUGAUCGCGGAUUCCGUGCAAGUCACCGCGGAUGGUAUUGCGAACAAAGAGCUCACGAAAAACACGAAGAAACUUUCGGACGUUUCCUACGCCGUCAACGAAUCCGACGAAGAAGACGACGACGACGGCGCCGAGGAGGAUAAAGAUAUCGCGAAUACCGGCGCCAGAGGUGGGGUCAUUCUCGACGCGAAAACGAGAGGUGACGAAGCCGUCACGGCCAAAGCCGAAGCCGAUCGUCAGCGUAAACAAAAAGCCUUGGCGGACAAGAAAAACGCCGAAACGUACGACCGAUUGAUGAACGCGCAAAACGACGUCGAAAAAGGCGGGAAAGGCGCCGGCGCUUCGGCGGAUUUUGUCGCGUACAAAUCCGUCACGGACGUUCCCGCGCCUCGUAAAGAGUUAGUCAUCGCGGUAGACAACGAUCGCGAGGCGGUUUUACUCCCGGUUUGCGGUAUGCUCGUCCCAUUCCACGUGUUGGCGAUCAAAUCGUGUUCCGUCUCCCAAGACGCCGGCGCGAGUUUCAUUCGGAUCAACUUUCAAGUCCCGAUGGGCGCCUCGGCCGCCGCAAACGCCGGAUACUUACCCGCCAUUCGAUUUCCGAACAAUAUCUUCUUAAAAGAGCUUUCGUAUAGAUCGAGCGAUCCGCGACACGCCAACUUUGUGGUGAAUGAAAUCAAGACGCUGCGAAGAAACGUCGUCGCGAGAGAAACCGAACGCGCCGAACGCGCGACGUUGGUCCGACAAGCCAAGUUGCAGCUCACCAGCGGGAGAGUCCACCGCUUGACUGGUUUGUGGAUGCUCCCAACUUUCGGUGGUAGAGGUGGACGUAAAGCGGGCACUCUCGAAGCGCACGCGAACGGUUUGCGAUACAUUGGUGCUAAAAUGGACGAACAAGUGGACAUCAUGUACGAGAACAUCCGCUCGUGCUUCUUCCAACCGGCCAAGAAGGAAGUGAAGACGCUCAUUCACUUCCACUUGAAAGACCCGAUUAUGAUUGGAAAAAAGAAAACGCACGACGUUCAAUUUUAUCAAGAAGUCAUCGAGGCGACGGAAAAUUUGGACGGCAGUCGCAAAAACAUGUACGAUCCGGACGAAAUCGAGGAAGAACAGCGCGAACGCGAGAGGCAGAAACGAGUGCAAAAAGAAUUCGCGCAGUUUUGCAAACGCGUCCAGGAAAUCUGGGAGAAGGAUUUCCCGAACAUGGGCUUAGAGUUUGAUUCCCCGUACCACGAUUUAGCCUUCGACGGGGUCGCGUACAAAUCUACCGCGAGAAUCGUCCCGACCGCCUCGUGCUUGGUCGAACUCAUCGAGUUCCCUCCGUUGGUCAUCCACGCGAAAGAUAUCGAAAUCGUCAACUUGGAACGCGUCGGUUACCACUUGAAAAACUUCGACAUGGCCAUCAUCUUCAAAGACUUCAACAAAGACGUCCACAGAAUCGACCAGAUCCCCUCGAAGAAUCUCGACAACAUCAAGCAAUGGCUGACGACUUUAGAAGUGAAAUACUACGAAGGGAAAGCGAACUUGAACUGGAAGCCGCUGUUGAGGCAAAUCAAAGAAGACCCGGAGUCGUGGUUAGAAGCCGGAGGAUGGGAGUUUUUGAACAACGAACCGUCCUCGGACGAAGAAGACGCCGAAGGCUCCGACCCAGAGUCUGAAUUCGAACCGUCCUCGGACGAAGACGAAUCGGAAUCAGAAUCCGAAAGCGAGUCCAUGUACGACGAAGACGACGAGGACGAAGACGCCAGCGCGGAUGAGGACGACGACGACGACGACGACGAAGAAGUUUUGGAUUGGGACGAAAUGGAAGAAAAAGCGAGGAAGGAAGACGAGGAAGCCAGCGACGAGGACAGGAGAGGUGACAAGAGGAAGAAGAAGAGCAGUAAACACAGAUAA